GAGAGAGAGAGAGAGAGAGAGAGAGAGAGAGAGAGAAGCUUUGCACCACUUUGAGUUGUGCUGUUUUUUUAGUCUACAAGCUGCAUCGCUGUUGCGCUUCACGCUGUAAAUCCAAAAAGGAUGAAAUGAAAACCCGACUUAAUCUGCAGAGGAAUUACAACAAAGUGUGGAUUUAAACCAAAGUGACCGAGAGAAGAGAGAAACACAGAGCACUCUGGGGAAAUCUGGAUGUUUUAUUUUGAUAAUGCAGAGGAGACAGUUUGCGUCCAAAGAAAGUGUGACUCCAGAGAAUGACAGCAGCCAGUCCUGUUUGUAGCCCCGCCUUCUCGCAGUCAACCCAGUCAUCUCAGCAACCCGCCUGCAUCCCAGCAUGCCACAGACACCUGAGAAAAGGCAAAAACCUCCAGACCAGACUCCACCUGCGCUCCGCCCCGGGCGUGUGGCUCCUGCUGGGCGUUGGCGUGGUGCUGGUUGGAACGAGUGUGGCGGUAGCGGGUUAUAUUUCCGCCGCUCCCAAGCCUUUGGGCGGCCGCAGCGGCUCACACAUUGAGAAGAUGAAACUGGCGGGGCCUGUAGUCAUGGGCGUGGGCCUCUUCAUCUUCAUCUGCGCCGCCACGCUGCUCUACGAAAACCGAGACCGCCAAGUCCUCAGACUGGAGACGCCUGACGAGUUUGAGGAUCUGAAGGUGGGAAAUGAGUGGGAGGAGUCACAGGAGCGGUGGGAGUGCAAAGAUGGACAGCAGGGAUACUGGGGCCCUCUGGCCCACACACUCCCCCUCUCAAGCCCAAACUGGGACCCUCCCGCUCCUCGUCUGCCCUGCAAGAACAUACACAAGAUCAACAGGAGGCUGUUACCACCCCCUCCACCGGAUGCAGAAGGAAAAGGAGUGAGAGAGGAGGUGAACAGAAAGCAGGAGGGAGCAGAGGAGCAGAGGGAAGGAGGAUCAACCCUGCUGACCCACGUUCUGCACCACAAGGAGCCGACGCCUCACCCUCCCUCCCCCUGCCCGUCUCAGUCGCACUCCUCUGUCUCCUCACGCUCCUGCAACUCCAGCGAGAUCAACUUUAACAUACGGAUGGGCUCUCCUGUCCCAUGAGCAGCGGACCGCCGUCCGACCAUUCAUCCCUCAGUAGAGACAUCAAACCGUUGGUCGCGUGUUUUAGUGCCUCUGAGUGGUGCCGCAGCUUUUGAACAACUUUUCUUCUUCUGCUUCCUUCUCUGACUCUGACUCACCCACGUUUUGGACGACUGAAGCUGUUUGAAGUCCACUCAGAAUCCUCGCACUGCCUAAAUCCCAAACGCCACUGCGUAUUUGCCCAUAUUUGGACACGGUGAGGGUGCCGUAGUUUGAGAUGGAUGCACUCAGUCGCUCUGGCCUCUCGCUAUCGUUCCG